AUGGAUCGCCUUUACACAUUCAUUAAUUUCGGGGUAGUCGUGCAACAACUGUGCGACCAUCUGGUGGCCUCGGGAAUGGUGGAUCACUUAGUCAACCCAAUGCUCAUCGCGGAACUGGUGGAAAAGUUACCCGAUCCGACCAAGGUUGAGUGGGUGCGGUACAAGCGUCAGUUCGCUGCGGUGAACUUAAGCACAUUUGCCGACUUUCUCUCUGAAAGGGUCUCCGAAGCGACGGAGGCCACAGCCUACUCCGAACCACAGGAGGAGCGACGCCCGAUCCGAGAGCGCCAGGAAAAGAAACCGAAAGGCAGAGACAACGAGGGAUUUCUAAAUACGCAUCUGGGAAGCGAGCAGCUGUCGAAGCAAAUCAGAGGGGACGAAUCUGGUCGUAGACCUUGCCGGGCGUGCAACCGAACCGAUCACCGCAUACGGUUCUGCGACGAUUUUCUGAAGCUAGCUUGGGAUGCCCGGUUGAAGAUUGUCGAAGAUUGGGACUUAUGUCAGCUGUGUCUAAACGAGCACGGACAAACGCGCUGCCGUUUCAAGGGUCACUGCAAUUCCACCGGCACCACUUUCGACGGACUGUCACGUGCACAGUUCAGAGCAACACCCGUGAUCUUCCGCGUUGUCCCGAUCAAGAUCUACCACGACGGUCGCACAUUUGAUGUCGUCGCCUUCCUCGACGAAGGUUCAUCUUUCUCCUUGAUGGACAGCAGCGUUGCGGAUCAAAUGAAGCUAAAAGGAACCAGGAAGCCGAUACUCGUCAAGUGGACAGCUGGUAUGAGUCGGAUGGAGCGAGAUUCAAGGUCGGUGGAUGUGUCGGUUUCCGCGGCGGAUUCUCGAAACCGUUUUCUGCUGCGUAACGUGCGCACGGUACAACAUCUGCAGCUACCAGAACAAAGGGUGCAGUAUUCAGAAGUAGCCGCUCGCUUCAAACAUCUGCGUGGUCUUCCCCUGGCCGACUAUGCAAAUGGUACUCCACAAAUUUUGAUCGGCCUCAAGCAUCUACACGUGUACGCUCCACUUGAGUCGCGCAUUGGCAAUCCAGGAGAGCCAAUAGCUGUUCGGACACAACUCGGUUGGACAAUCUACGGCCCUCAAGCUGGCGACGACGUAGUGUCCGGGUAUACCGGCCACCACGCUGCCGGUAACCUGUCGGACCAUGACCUACAAGAACUACUGCGUAGACAUUUCACCCUAGAAGACUCCGGACUGGCCGUCGCAGCGCUUCCCGAAUCAACAGAGGACUGCAGAGCGCGAGACCUGUUGGAGAAGACUACAAUCCGAGUUGGUGAUCGCUUCCAAACGGGGCUCCUUUGGCGCAACGACAACCCGCAGCUACCGGACAGUUUUCCGAUGGCGCUAAAGCGCAUGAAGGCGCUAGAGCGGAAGUUGGCGAAGAAUCCGGUUUUGCAGAAGAACGUGGAUGAGCAAAUCGCAGAAUACCAGCAGAAAGGCUACGCCCACGUCGCUAUACCCAACGAGCUGAACCAAGCUGAGCCAGGCAAGAUCUGGUACCUACCCCUGAACGUCGUCAAGCACCCAAAGAAACCGGAAAAGGUCCGACUUGUAUGGGACGCCGCAGCGUCCGUACGAGGGAAGUCACUGAACACAGAGUUGCUCAAAGGCCCAGACCUUCUGACAAGCCUGCCAACCGUCUUGAGUCGCUUCCGAGAACAUCCUAUUGCUUUUGGCGGCGAUAUUGCCGAAAUGUACCAUCAGCUGCAAAUUCAACCGAGUGACAAAUCUGCACAAAGGUUCCUGUACCGGCCCAAUGGAUCUAACCAGCCGGUGAUUUUCGUGAUGGAUGUCGCCACUUUCGGUGCGGCAUGCUCACCUUGCUCCGCCCAGUACAUCAAAAACAGGAAUGCGGAAGAGUACUCCGAGCAGUAUCCGGACGCGGUCCAGGCAAUCGUUGGUAGCCAUUACGUCGAUGAUUAUUUGGACUCGACGUUCACCGUUGGAGAGGCUAUCAAGCGUGCUAGCGAAGUAGCGUUCAUCCACUCCAAAGCUGGGUUUCAGCUACGCAAGUGGGUGUCAAACAGCACUGAGUUCCUGCAGCAUUUUGGAGUUCAAGUUGACAGCCAGCUGGUACCCAUCGGCGGCGACAAGAGCAGCGGUAUGCAGCGAGUCCUGGGCAUGUCAUGGGACACGAUCGAGGAUGUGUUUGUGUUUGCCACCAACCUACGUGAGGACCUCCAGCCGUACCUGACAGAAGGAAUCUUGCCGACCAAGCGAAUCCUGUUGAGCAUCGUCAUGAGCUUCUUCGAUCCCCUCGGCUUGUGGGCGCUGUUUACCAUUUUCGGCAAAAUCAUCAUCCAGGACCUGUGGAGAAAUGGGUGCCCGUGGGAUCAAGUCUUGGACGAGAGCUCGGCAGCAAAGUGGUUCAAAUGGAUUGCACUUCUACCGCGCGUGCAAGCUAUGACCGUCCCUCGAUGCUACUUCCUCGGAGCAAAGCUGUCGGACUACGUAAACCUUGAACUCCACGUAUUCACGGACGCAAGCGAGGAGGCUUACGGGGCCGUCGCGUACUUUCGAAUCUGGGUGCACGGUAAGCCGAAAGUAUCAUUGGUGACGGGAAAAGCAAAGGUGGCCCCGCUGCAGUACUUGUCGAUUCCUCGCCUGGAGUUGCAAGCCGGAACAUUGGGGGCUCGAAUGGCAGCAGCGAUUAAAGCGAAUCACACCCUUCCUAUUAGACGAACAGUAAUGCACACCGAUUCCGCGACGCUGCUUUCGUGGAUCCAGUCCGACCACAAGAAGUACAAACAGUUCGUGGCACACCGAAUCGGAGAAAUCCUCAGCCACACAGACGUGGACGACUGGCAGUUCGUAGCGACUAAGUUCAACAUCGCUGAUGUGCUGACAAAAUGGGGAAAAUAUGGACCACCACUCGACGGCGACAGCGAAUGGCUUGGACCGGAAGAGCUGUUCGUACCGGAAGAAGAUCUGACCCUACGAGAGCUGCCGGCGCCGAACGUACGAGAAGAAUUACGAGCCUUCUACCUCUUUCACGAGAUUGAGUUCGCCUCGUGCCUCAUCGACCCUUCUCACUUCUCGCGAUGGAAGACCAUGGUGAGGAGCGUCGCCAGCGCGUUCCGGUUCAUCACCAAUCUACGCCGGAAGCAGAGAAAGCAGCCAAUUCAAACCCUACGAGCCACGUUCAACCUGGAACGGUCCGUGAUGCGGACCGAAUCGCUGGUGAAAGUCCCUCUUACCCGCGACGAAUAUCAACGAGCAGAGAACCACCUGUGGCAAGCUGCACAACAAGAAGGAUUCCCGGACGAAACAAAGAUUCUGCUGAAGAACCGGGAGCUGACGCAGCAGAAGUGGCACUCCAUCGAACGAUCCAGUCCACUACACCGACUGGCGCCUUUCCUGGACGAGUAUGGGGUCAUUCGGAUGGAAGGACGUUCGGCCCACGCCGAGUUCUUACCUUUCGAACAGCGGUUUCCAAUCGUUCUACCAAAAGGAAAUGACAUCACUAACAAGCUGAUUAGCCACUACCACCACAAGUUCGGCCACGCCAACCGAGAGACGGUGGUGAACGAGCUGCGUCAACGCUUCUACAUCCAGAACAUCCGAGCUGCGGUCUUGAAGGUGAUGCAGACUUGUCUGAAAUGCAAGAACAACAAAUGCCAACCAGCAGUCCCAAGAAUGGCCCCUUUACCGGUGCAGCGUCUCACACCGCAGCUGCGUCCAUUCAGUUACGUAGGUGUUGACUAUUUUGGUCCAGUUGUUGUGACGAUUGGAAGACGGACCGAAAAGAGAUGGAUCUGCCUAUUUACGUGCCUGGUGACUCGAGCAAUCCAUAUGGAAGUUGCCCACAGCUUGAGCAGCGCGUCCUGUAUGAUGGCGAUCAGACGAUUCAUCUGCCGGCGAGGUGCGCCACUGGAGAUCUUCUCCGACAACGGCACUAACUUUCAAGCCGCCAGCAAGGAGCUGGCCCAGACGGUGAAAUGCAUCGAGCUGGAAUGUGCAGACAUCUUUACCGACGCGAGAACCCGGUGGAACUUCAAUCCGCCUGCGGCGCCUCACUUUGGUGGAGUCUGGGAGCGACUAGUAAGGUCGGCGAAGGACGCGCUCAAGGCUCUACACGAUGGCAAAAAACUGACGGACGAGAUCCUUCUGACCGUGCUGGCCGAGGCAGAGGACAUGGUGAACUCUCGCCCCCUUACCUACAUGCCACAAGAGUCUGCAGAAGACGAAGCGCUUACACCAAACCACUUUAUUCGCGGCCUGCCAGCUGGAGAACGAGAAGAAGCCCAUGCCCCGGCGAGUUCAGCAGAAGCACUUCGCGACAACUUCAAGCGAUCUCAACAGCUCGCGGACAUGCUGUGGCAGAGAUGGCUGAAGGAGUACGUGCCCACCGUCAACCAGCGGACCAAAUGGCAAGCAGAUCGGGAUCCGGUGGAAGAAGGAGAGCUGGUUUACCUGGUCGACGGUAACAACCGAAGAACGUGGAUACGCGGAAUCGUCGAGAAGGUCAUCCGAGGAGCCGACGGGAGAGUACGACAAGCAAUGUCCAAAACUCAGCAAAAGAUUCUUUGGAAAAACAUUGUUAACCACGCGAAGCUGAACGAGGACUUCGGGGUUGCACUGACCAACAUGCAAGCAGGAACGCCAAAUGAACGCCUAGAGUACACACAAACGAUCUACAACAGUCUUAAAGAGCAGAACACUAGACGAGUCGAAUGUCGAGCCAGAAUAAAGGGGGACUGCCCAUGGAUGACCUUUGAUCUGUGGAAGCUGCUCAAGAUCAAAGAGAACGUCCUGGCUGGUAGUCGGAAACGACCACAUGAUUCUCACCAAAAGGAGCUGCUUGCCCAUAUCUCAAAAAAACUUCGAAAAGCAAAAGAAAUUGCAAAGAAGCAGUAUUACGAGAAGCUUUUCUCCAACGGAACGCAAAAAGAAACCUGGCGCAACAUCAACCAACUCAUCGGUAGGAAGCAGGAAGGUAAAGAUGACAUCACACUUCAGAUUGACGGACAGCUGACGGCAGAUGGACCAUCUGUCGCAAACGCGUUCAACAAAUUCUUCAGCACAAUCGGACCCCAGCUUGCCUCGACUAUAAGCAGCAGAAGAGAAAUCAACAAGUUCGGCACUCUGAGACCAAAGCCAGACUCCAUCUUCCUGAGACCUACAACUGCUGGUGAGGUCGUAAUCAAAAUCAACGAGCUCGACACCAACAAGAGCUGCGGACCUGACGGUUUAUCAGCAAUGCUGAUUAAAACGCAUCACCAAGCGUUUUCACAACUACUACGAGACGUGUUCAAUGACUGUAUCAAGACUGGCAUAUUUCCACCUAGCCUGAAGACAGCUCGAGUUAUCCCGAUUCACAAGGCCGGAAGCAAAACCGACGUCAACAACUACAGGCCGAUAUCGGUACUCUCGGUGCUCAGCAAGAUCCUGGAACAACUCCUCGUGGGACGAUCCAGCACCUUAACAGCAGCUAUCGAGCUCGUGGACGAGAUCUACGAGGCCUUCGAUGAACGCAAAAUCGUGGGUGUCUGUUUCCUGGACCUCCGUAAAGCGUUCGAUACCAUCGACCAUGACGUGCUGCUCAAGAAGUUGGACUGCCAUGGUGUUCGGGGAAAUCAAACGACCUGA